AUGCCCUUCUCCUGCGACCAUGAAGGCUGCGGCCGCUCCUAUCUCCGCAAAGAACACCUCACGCGUCAUAAAAAGGAACACACGGCGACGCCUUCCUUCUCGUGCCCUUCAUGCAGUACCAAGUUCACAAGAGGGCAUAUGGUGCUCCAUGGCCCGUCUGCCCCGCCCACGCGUGUGGCACAGGCCUGCGUGCCGUGCCACCGGACGAAGACCAGAUGUGACGGCCAGCAGCCCGUCUGUUCGACUUGCAACGACAAGGGCAAGUCAUGCGAGUGGCCGCAGCCGCGAAGCGCGUCGUCCUCCAGAUCCCCCUCCGGCUCUGUGACCGCCUCGGACACGACGCCGAACCCCAUCGCCCUGCCCGAGCCGAUGGUCACGGCCUCAGUGCCACCACCGCCGCCGCCGCCGCCGCCACCGCCAAUGACCAUAGGCGAUACGCUCGAUUUUAGCAUCCCCGGCUCCCGUUGCGUCUUGGACGAGGGCAUGAAGCUGCAGUUGCAGAGGGUCUACUUCGAGCACUUCCAUCCGCUGUGGCCGUUGCUGCACCGUGAAGUAUACGAGACGACGACGCAGCCGAAUUUGUUGACGCGCUCCGUCUUGACCGUUGGCCUAUGGUUUUCCGGGUCGCCGGGAUCGAGAAACCUCGCCAUCAAGUUCCACGAUCAUCUCUUGAUAGAAACCGGUAACAAGCUUCUCGAACUUUUGGAACUGUCGAGGCAAGGCUUGCUAUCCCCCCAGACGGAGAUACUGCCCGUCUUCCAGGCCAUACUGAUUUGCACCAUCCUCGUACCGUACCGGGCCGAUCACUCCAGGGACAACGUGAUGAUGGCGCACUCCAUGCUCCUCGAGACGUUCAAGGCCUCGGGCGUCUACGACCAGUCCAAGAUCAACGCCGGGUCGCGAAUGUGCGGGCACAGCGCUUACCCCUGGAUGUUUCGAGAAUUAUACCAGCGUCUCGCCGUCUUCCAGUUCAAGCUUCACCUGAUCCUGCAAACAAUAUUCGUGACGAUGCACCCGGUGCUGCGGCUGUCGAGAAACGCGGAACCGGCCCUGCUGCGCGUCAGGCUGCCGCUGCCGCUGGGCAUGUGGGACGGGCCCACGGCGCAGUGGUGCGGCAAGGUGCCGACCGACCCGGCCCUGCUCGACAUGGACAGUGACGACGACAGGAUGCUGGUCAGCCGGAUGUGCGAGGAGGCGACCCUCACGAUGGACAACACGCCUCUAUUACCGUUGCUGUCCUGGGACCGCUGCCUGGGGAUGGCCAUCUGGUGCUGGUGCUUGCGGGGGAACGAGAGCGACAAGGAGUUUAUCGAGAACAUCAAACCCUUUGUUCUCGACCCGUUGAAAGGGAUCGAUGUUUUCUCGAGUCAUAGAUAG